GGGCUACAAGUAGCAACCACUGCAGCUUGCUUGCAGGGGGUGGGCGUUUUUGUAAAAAAUAAAAAUGCUCCGGUCAAAGUGAAUUGAAAUGGACAUCCAGGUGAGACCAAAAGCUCUCUGGGUAUCACCAUGGGUGAUGUACAAUCUUUAGAAUUGUGAUCACACCCAAAGGCCUCUUAGACGACCUCCAGUCCCCAGACUCAACAAAUCCGGCCAACUUCCAGAGUCACCAUGGGGGGAGUAGUCCAGAUGCACUUCACCACGGUGGACUACGUCAUCUUUGCAUUAUUGUUGGUGGCCUCAGCUGGUAUCGGCUUGUAUUAUGCAUUUUCAGGUGGACGCCAGCGUACAACACAGGAGUUCCUGAUGGCUGACCGCUCAAUGAGCUUGCUGCCUGUGUCGCUGUCACUUCUCGCCACUUUCCAGUCCGCUGUGGCAAUCCUGGGUGCACCAUCUGAAGUCUACACGUUCGGGACACAGUACUGGUUCCUGGGCUGCUCGUACUUCUUGGGACUUCUCAUCCCAGCUCAUGUUUUCAUACCUGUCUUCUACAGGCUGCGGCUUUCCAGCGCAUAUGAGUAUCUGGAGCUGCGCUUCAACAAGACAGUCCGUAUAUGUGGAACUGUGACCUUCAUCUUUCAAAUGGUUGUUUAUAUGGGAGUGGUCCUUUAUGCUCCAGCCUUGGCACUCAAUGCAGUCACUGGUUUUGACUUAUGGGGAGCUGUGCUUGCCAUGGGACUCGUGUGCACUCUCUAUACAUGUCUGGGGGGCCUAAAGGCGGUGAUGUGGACCGAUGUCUUCCAGACAGUAGUAAUGUUUGCAGGGCAGCUGGCGGUUAUUAUUGUAGGUGCACAUCAGGCAGGGGGCAUGGCGGAGGUCUGGAGGAAAGCAGUGAACGGCAGCCGCAUUGCAGGACUUGAUCUAAACCCAGAUCCUUUGGAGCGCCACACCUUCUGGACAUUGGGUGUGGGUGGAGUCUUUCUGAUGCUGGCCUUGUAUGGGGUCAACCAGGCCCAAGUCCAGCGAUACCUCAGUUCGCGCACUGAGAAAGAGGCCAUAAUGUCGUGCUAUGUUGUUUUCCCAUGCCAGCAGAUCGUCCUGUGUUUAGGUUGUCUGAUGGGGCUGGUUAUGUUUGCUCGCUAUGGAGAGGACAGCCCUCUUGAUAAGGGCUAUGUCAAAGCAAAUGAUCAGAUGGUGUUGUACUUUGUGAUGGAUGUAUUCAAGGAUCUGCCUGGCCUCGCAGGACUGUUUGUGGCCUGCCUCUUUAGUGGAGCGCUCAGCACCAUCUCGUCAGCCUUCAAUUCCCUGGCAACAGUAACGAUGGAGGACCUCAUUAAACCUUAUUUUCCCAACAUGACUGAGUCGAAAGCCACACUGCUAUCUAAAGGACUUGCGCUGGCCUAUGGCUUGAUAUGUCUGGCCAUGGCUUACCUCGCCUCCAUAAUGGGAUCUGUGUUGCAGGCAGCCUUAAGCAUAUUUGGGAUGGUGGGUGGACCUCUUCUGGGCUUAUUUUGCUUGGGAAUGUUCUUCCCUUGGGCAAACUCCAUUGGGGCAUUAGUUGGCUUAGCAGCAGGUCUCGCCAUGGCCUUCUGGAUUGGCAUUGGCAGUAUUGUCACGCGUAUGCCUGCAAGUGUGCCACCACUCAGUACCGUCACACCGCCGCCUUUUGAUAACAUAACCACGACAGUCAUGACUUCACUGGUUAAUGCUACUAUAACAAAAUCUAGGCCAACAGGUUUGGACGCACUGUAUUCUUUGUCCUACAUGUGGUACAGUGCUCACAAUUCUACCACUGUGGUUGUAGUGGGACUUCUCGUCAGCCUGCUUACAGGACCAAUGAACGAGAAGCAGUUGACCCCAGGAACCGUGUACCCAGUCUUGGGGAAUCUGCUUUCCUUUCUGCCGCAACGCUACAAGGAAAAACUUUGCUGCGUCACUCCUCUACCGCUAAAGCCCAGCGAAAUCAACACGCAGCCUUACGAGAGGGCCAAGAAAGGUGCCAACGGAGCAUCUUACUGCAAAGAGGACACCAUCAGAGAAGACAAAGAAAUGGAGAGUGACAGCGUGCAGACAGAAGAUGAGGAAAGCAGGGCGGCUUUGCCAUUGUGCAAGAUGACCGCUCAUUGCCUCGAGGAAACGGCCCUCUAAGACUUGUCUUCAUCUCUCGCAGUCAGUAACUUUUUCCUAAUAAGGAAUAAACAUACUAAUCCAUGACAAUGGCUACGUUUACAUGGACACAACUUCAAUCCGAGAGUUUGGAUUAAAAUUAUGAUCGGAUUCACUGUUUUCAUGGACACUAAAAAUACUACGUUUUCACGCGUCACACCUUCGUGCAGGUUGACCAAAUAUGCCGGAAAUAAUAGUAGAAGAAAGCGGGAGCAAUUUUCGUGUCAACAAAAAACUCACUCCAUCCAUUUCGACAUUAGCAUUAUUUCAGUAUAUUUCUCGUUUUGCACCGUUUCGUCGAGUUAAUACUUCGUAAUGGAGCUGCAAUUUAUACUCCAAAUUGUAUUUUUGUAUUUGCUUAUGUUCAUCCUUAAGACACGAGGCCAACUGUACAUUCUUGCACAUGCGAUAAUGAACUUGCGUCACAGACAUGCUAGUUCCGAACUGUUUUUUUGCGCGCCGAUCAGAUUAUCAAUUGACAUAAUUCACCCCAUUCAUUGGAAUAGUCUUGUUCCGAUCAGAAUAUUCCAAAUGGAGUAUGUAUGCAUUUUUAUUCCAGUCAAUCUUUUAAUCCAAAUCAAUGUGUCUAUGUAAACAUAGCCAAUGAGAAGUGGUUGGGUAUUGCAAUAAUUGAGCUAAUGAUUACUGUCACGGAAGAGUACCCUUUUUUUUAUUUUCAUUUUGAGAAAAAAAAAGGAACACUAUAAAGCGGCAUCUUCCAAAAGUUGACAGUCCCCAGAAAGGAUUCCCUUUCUGAUUGCUUCUUCUGUAUUGUCAAAGGAGCACUAGUAGCUGUUCUGACUUGACUUGAGGUAGCAAGCAGAGAAAUGUCAUAUUUUCUGUUUAGCUCGAGAACAGCAAACUCUUUACAAGAGAAAUAUUAUAUGAGAGUAGAAAAUGACAAAACAAAGCCUCCGUUCUUGUUCCGUGCAGUGUGAUCUUGGUUUACGAUUAGCAACUAAUGUAGACGUACGAUGUUUCAUACCUCGUCUGCGUGUUCCGAUCAGUGCAGGGAUGGUCUGAGUUAAAUCAGAUGAAUACAUUUCAUCUUAAGCUAAAACAUUUUUUUUUUCCAAACAGUGUUGUGGGAGAAACUUGUCUUGAUAAUGGCGUUUCAUUUGUCUUAUUUAAAACCACCCUCUGUCGUAAAGUCUUCAUCUGCAACCGGGAAAUUAAUCGUAAGUAUUAAUAUUUAGGUACGGACAGGGCAUUGUUUGAUAAUGGGAGAAAUGAUGGAUUUUUGUAAAAAAAUUAUUCAUACUGAACAGUAAAGACACCAAUGAGUAGUUUAAACUUGCUGUACAGAAAGAUUACAUCGAUAUUAAUUAUUAUUUUUUUAUCAAAAUGUCACCAUUAUUAUUGAUCAACAAUUUAUUGCAGUUGCUUCUCGGUUACAAGCGAGAUAAGUUUUCUCCUUUCUCCUCCGUGUACUUCUCAUAAUGGUUCUUUCAAGCUGCUUUACUUCAAACAUCCGGUUAAGUCAAACAUUGGACGUGCACAUUUGAACAAUACCACUCUGAUUUAUUUCAAAUAUAGACACACGCAAAGUUUAAAGUGCCUCCUUUGUUAAUCACACUCGGUUGUCCUGAUUUUAUGAGAACGGGAAUUGGAGUCGAAUUUCAGGUUAUUCUUAACUCAACGGCCCCCGAAUGAAAACCUGUUCAAAUGUUUUGCACCUGUAUUGUAAACCGUCAUUGCCAGUAUGACUAAUUGUACUCGUCUCAAUUUUUUUUUUUUUCUUCAUCUCUUCUGUCAUGUUUUUUGGAAUCAAAGAAUUCUUGCUCAUCCUAUGGUAAUCUCAUCCAUCCAUUGUCUUUGUUUGAAGUGAGAGUUUUAUCGAGAUGUGAUAAACUCCACAGCCAUUUUUUAGUCACAUGGCUUCGAAUGAUUUGUUUUAAGACUACAAUCUGGAAAGAGAAAUGGAAAAGUUCAUUUUUAACAUAAUUUGAACCAAAAGAGAAGACUCAGCGUCUGGGUUGCCUUACACACUCUCCUGUUGCGAUGAAAAUGUUUUUUUAAAGCACAGUCCAGACAAUCAAGGGGACGAAACCAGAGGAGAAGCAGCUGAGCUUGCUGGUUGGACCGUUUGUAGCCACACAAAUGUUUUUGUCUUCCUGAAAUACCUCAAUUUAUCCAAUGCAUAUAGAAUACAAGGCUUGCCUAUUUGAUUUGUAAUGGAGUAUCUAUUUUAGAUCAUAUUUGUAUAUUUUUAUAAUUUCACAAUAGGCCUCCACACAUUUCAUGAAUUGAAAUGUGAAAUUCUAUAUGCAAUAAAACUUAUUUGUAUUUUUUUUAUUUUUUUUGUGAAUAACAGACCGAAUUGGGAAUGUAGCAGUUAAAACAAUUGUUUUAAGGAUUGUUGUUUUCACAGUGCCACAUCCCACAUUCAGGAUACUGUGUUCACAUUUUAAUAUAAUUAUUUAAAUAAAUCCUGUGUAUGUGAUGAAUCUUUUUUUUAAUUAUUUUUUUUAUUAUUGCGGAUCCUUCAUAGUACCUGAAAUUACUUGAAGUGUAUGUGCCUGUAAUGUCACCUUAAUGAUAUGCAGAUAAAUCCCCCUUUACACUGUGAGAAAAGUGAACUGGAGCACUGAAAUUUUCUAAUAUUUCCAUUUUAAGAUUUCUUGAUGCGCGAUUGAAAAGCUUUAAGCACAAUAAAGACAUUCAAGUUCAGGUCAUCAGCUACUGAAACGAAAAUGGACACAUUUUACUGCCCAAUAUGGUACGAAAUUAAUUUUCAAUUACAGGCAAGGCUGCACAAAAAUACCACUUUGUGCAAGAAAAGCAUGACACUUAGUAAUUUCUGCCUUUAAUAAAUAUUGUUCAUAACAAUAUUUAUUGUUAUGUGUAUACCAUAUCACAAGAGUUCUAACUUACGCAUUCCAAAAAAA